AUGUGCAAGAGCCGGUUUACAAAGAGUAGCAUGAAGGGCUAUCCUUUGGAAGAUAUAUAUGCUGCACUUGGACACACAAAGGUUAUUAACAGUGUGUUGGUGCCAACUGUGGGUGAGGAAAUCAUGCUGGCUCGUAUAAUUGAUGAGGAGCGAGAGUAUCAUUGUGAGGGAAGCACAAGUGAUACUUGGAACCACUGGCUAAAUGUGAAGCAGAAGAAGAUAUUUUGGAAAGAGCUAUACGACUUAGAUGUUGCUGCACGAGUGUUUAAGAAGAAGAAGGACAAAGAAAAGGUGACGUUUUUAGAAGAUUCGUCUUCUAAAUCUGGGUUGGAGAGCUUGAAAGCUCUGGAAGAAAAGAUUUUGGGGGCCAUGAGUGAAGGGUUUUCUGGUCUUAAAUCAGUGGUGGAGGCAAAGCUGGGUGAUAUGGAUGUGAGGAUGAGUAAAUUUGAAAAGAACCAGCGACAACUUAAAAGAAGGGCUAAGAAAAUAGAAGAAAAGCUGACUUCUAUUGAGAGCAACAAAAAUGAGGAGAGGAACUAUGGUGAAGAUAUGGAUUUUGGAUGGGAUGAUAGAGAUUAUGGUAGAGCUGAAGGGAAGGAAAACAGUGAGAAGGCUAAGGAAGACAAGGAAAACAGUGAGUCUGGCGAGGAAAAGGAUGUGGUCUCGGGUGGGGAAAACAGUAAGGAUGGUGAGAAAGACAAGGGAAACGUGGAGGAAGAAGAAGAGAAGGAGAACGAGGCUGAUAAAACAGAGCUGGGAACUAGAGAAAAAGAUGAGGUCUCUGAAGAAGAUUACGAUACUGAGGAAGAGGCUGAGAAGAGGAGAGUAGAGGCGGAUGCGUUAUGGAAGAGUAUUCUUUCUGAAGAGACUGAGUAUCUAGAGAAAGAGGCUGAGAAAGUUGCCAAGGGAACUCCUACACCACCACGUGGUAGACCGAAGAGAUUGGCCGCGAGAAAAAUAGUACUUACACCACCAGAGGAGUUUUUAAGAGGACCAACGGUAACUUCGCCAUCACCUAUCGAGACUGAAAAAGAGGCUGAGACAGUUAUCGAGGAAGAGGGUGAGGAGAUGGCAGUUGAAGCCGAAGAAAGUGACGAGGAGAGACUCAAAGAAAAAAAUGCUGAAGAAAUGGUGGAGGAAGAAGAAGGUGUGGAGGAGAGUCCCACCGAGAAAAUAGCUGAAGAAAUGGUGGAGGAAGAAGAAGGUGUGGAGGAGAGUCCCACCGAGAAAAUAGCUGAAGAAAUGGUGAAGGAAGAAGAAGGUGUGGAGGAGAGUCCCACCGAAAAAAUUGCUGAAGAAAUGGUGGAGAAAGAAGAAGCUGUGGAGGAGAGUCCCACCGAAAAAAAUGCUGAAGAAAUGGUGGAAGAAGAAGCUGAGGAUGCAGAGGAAGCAGAGGAAGCUAUGGAAGCAGAGGAAGCUGAGGAAGCAGAGGAAGAGGCGGAUAAAGUGGUUGAGAAAGAGGCUGAGACAGUUGUCGAGAAAGAGGGUGAUAAAUACACUGAUGAAGAAAAGCAAAUGUGGGCCUUGGUCGUUUACAAGGCUAGUGAGGAGAUGGCGGAUGGGACCACUGAGGUGAGGAGAGAUGGAACCAAUGAGGUGAGGACAGGGUUCAAGCUUAGGUGCAAACAGAAGAUAAUGAUGUAUGGCAAACCAAGGGGGAAGAAAAAACCUCAGCGGCCCCAGAGUCAAGAAUCAGCACCUGUGAUUGCACGUACGCCAAGGGAGAAGAGAAAACCUCAGCGGCUGCAGAGUCCCUACACGCAGGUGAAGACAGAAGACAUUGACGGGCCUAAGAAGAAGCGUAAAACAAAGGUUAAGUAGGCGUCUGAAAAUUAUUUAUGUAUUUGAAGUCUUUAAAACUUGGUAGGAUGCUUUUGGAUGUAAUAUGCUUUUGGGUGUUUAAACUUGGUUGUGGUAUGCUUUUGGAUGUUUAAACUUGGUUGUAUAAUGUGUUUUGGAUGUUAAAAAACAGGUUUGGAAACUGUUUUCAAGUUAGGCUAUGUCCAAAAAUGAUUCAGAUGGAUAACUGGUCUUACUACUAGGUUUACUAAGGCCAAAAACAUGUUAAUAAAUGUACUCAUGUAAAACGUGCAACCGGUAUAUACAUAAAUAUAUUCAUAGCACAUGUUAAUAAAUUUACUCAUGUAAAACGUGCAAUCGGUAUAUACAUAAAUAUAAUAUUCAAAUUACACUUAGUAAUUCUUGGUAUUCUUCAAGGAGUU